GCCUGCUCCACGUCUACUACUAUUUUAUCUUUCCAGCUUAAUUAACCUGUCUGUCAGUUAGGAUCCAGCUCCCCUCCUCCACACCCCUCUCUCCGCCAUCUGAAUGCUGGUUUGAUACAGAAAUAACUAUCAUGUGAAACCUGAUCCUGAUUUGAUUGCUGACUUGCUGACUUGCUGAUUGGGAAUUUUUCCUGAAGGAAUUGUGAACGUCAGUCCGAGUGCAGAAUGGACUAUCUCCAAGCGAUCUAAUGGAUUAAUGCAUACGGAGCGCGCCUUUGCUACUAUAUACCCUCUCGAAACAUCUCGGGGAAGCGGAACAUCUGUGUGAUCCCGGAAGACGAGGGACAAAAGGAAUAAGAGUGGGAAAGAAAGAAAAGAGCCUCUCGCCAUGCCCACUUCGACCGUUUUCUCGUACUUGCGCCGCGAACGUCACCGGUCCAGUGCAUCCCUGGUCAAUCCUUCGGCGUCACAGCAACGACGACAGUCGUCUUCCCCCGCCAAAGAAAACAAAAAGCGUCGUUCUACUUCUUCUUCUCCUGCCACCCGUCAGAUUCCCGCGAAUUCUACUUCCUCGCCGCUCGCAACUACGGUCGAUCAGUCUACCGCAGUGCCUGCUGUGUCGAGCGAGAACGAAAGCGAAAACCCACCGAGUUUCGAUACGGACAAGCGGAAUAAUAAUAAUAACCACAACCAUAAUCGUAAUAAUAAUAAUGAGAACGACCGCGCUGGCACUACAUCCGGUUCGAAUGUGUCCUCAUCUUCGCCGACAACCCGUUCUGCUCCAGCUCCUUCGUCCGCCGAUAAGCUGUACCGACCCCAUUCGAGUCCUGAAGAGCGAGCAAGUGGAGAAAUAGCCAGUAACACGCCUAUAUCAAAUCAAUCGCAGACGGUCCCGGAUCAGGAUUAUGCGGAGAUCGAUUCCUCCAAAUCGAGUACUCCGUUCCGAUUGUCCUUUCCCAGGGCAAUCUUGAAGGCCCAGACGCAUUCGGAAGGUCAGAAGCGAUCCCCUACGCCUAUUGGACUCUCGACAACGACGAGUCACUUCAGAUUCAAGUCGUCUGUGGAAGGUGAACUGGGGUAUAAGGAUAAGGACAAAGAUAAGACGGUUUCUUCUCGUGAAGUGUUGACGGAGCAUGCACAUCAUAAGUCGGGCAAGGGCGUACUGCAACUCCUCAAUCCUAUGUCUCUGCUAGCUAGAAGACGCUCCUCCCACAUUGCAGGGUCGCGGACUACAGAUACGAAUACACGUUAUCCAGGUUCGGUCCCAGCCAUCCCAGAAGAUUAUGACCCCAGAAUUCGCGGAAACAUCGUCCAUGACUUUUCCGCGCCUCGCCCUCGUCGGAACGUAUCAUCAGCAGCUACCCUUCAGCGGUCGGAUGCCAACUGGUUUUGGGAUAGUAAAACCAACAGCAGCGAGUCCCAAGGGCCGAACAGUAGGCGCAGUCGGCAACAUCUACCUGCCUUCAAAGAAAAUUUCGACGAUGACGAGAAUGCCCUUCAAGUUGAGAAUAAGGGUUAUCUGAACUCAGAAUUAUUGACAAAUCAACUACGUCCGGAGGACGAAAGGUCGAUCCCUGUUUUUGCCAGGAAUCUACCCUCGAGGAUACCGGACAGUGAAGAAAUUGGGAAGGACAGGGAGACCACAGCGGUUGUUUCGGAGUCUUUACCUGCAAGCCAAGAGGAAGGCUUGGCGACGCAGGAGAAGGCCCCCGAUGAUGCAGAAGAUGCAACACAACCGCAGUCGCAGCCGCAAUUGCAGCUCCCUUCAGGCUUACCGAAGCGGUUCAAGAGCGAUGCGUCCAGGUUCAGUUUUGAUAUGAACGGCCUGGGAUCAUCGGUCGAAGAAAAGCUUUUAGAGGAGAAGCAUAAAAAAAAACAGGAGGCUGCGCGUCAGGCCAAGGCGCAGUUGGGAGAAGAAGACAAUGAUCGCGACUGCGAUUUUGACGACUUCGAUAGUGGCAUGUUUGACGAAAUGGAUUACUUGGAAGAAAAGAUUCCUGGUGUCAACGUUGAUGCAGACGAAGAUGAUAAUUCCUACGACUUCCCCGGUGCGGGGAAUGCGCUGAGGAACCCUCUCUAUUCUACUGGUCUGUCUCCGGAUAUCAGUACCUUUUUAAAUCCCGUCAACUCGAACCUGGCAGCGCUUUCUAUUUUACAAGACACUUCCCAGAAUGAUGGCGUUGCGAAUGCGAAUGCCAAUGCCAGUUCCGAAGUCGCUGGGUUUUCCCCAGGGCAAUGCUCUGUGUCUCCCAUGGACUCAGGUCAUGAUGGACUAAGUGACCAGGCGGACAUACAAUCUCAAGACACCAUCGAGCAGAAUAUCUCGGUGGAAUCGCAACGGGAUGGUGAGGGUGGAGCUACGGAACUUGGCACGUCGCAGUGGAACAAUGAUGAUGACGAUCUCUACUUCGAUGACGGAGAAUUUGACGACCUUAAAGCUGAUGACGUUGGAGGCCCGUUUGACGAAUCGAUCUUUGAUGACGAGACAAGCCAUCUGUACGAUCGAAAUACUCCGGCUGCGCGACUAGCGGCUGAGCGCUUGAAGGGUGCCGAUGCCGCUCUCGAGCGAAUCAGUGAGAGCGAAGUUGCUCCUGAAGAAGACCCGCUGGAGGGCCUUAAAAAUGCCCCUAGUAUGGCUAGCGAAUUCCGGAGAUCCUUCGUUGGAAGCCACGGUCAGACUUCUGAGCGUCCUCCCAACUCGGGGCCAUCCUACGCACACGGCGGCGUGCUCUCGGAGCAGAACCUGGCUGCGUUUCACGACGCUUUAGCGAAAGCGGCCAGCGAAGCUAAUACGACAAACGGCCGGUUUGGCCGGGCUGUGGGCAUCAGCGGACAGUCUGUCGACCAGGAGAGUGUCAACGAGACCUCACACACUCUCGGCUCUCACCCAGGAUUAGUGUCCGAUGACAGUCGUAGUCAGGUACCCGACGUGACGGGUCUUGACGAUGUCUUUGAACAUGUCAACUACGACGAAAUGGACGAUGAUAACGCAUUCUAUGAUGACCCCAUCAUUGCUGCCGCAAACGCGGAGGCCCUGGAGAAUGAUGACGAAGGGUUCUACGGCCAGGAAUUCGGAUUCUACCCACAAGCCCCCGCCAGCUGGAACUCCGAACUCACCAAUGGCGGCUACUUUGGUCCGCGUGGCACCGAAGGUAUCUCUCGAAGUCACAGUGGACGGGGCAAAUUUCAGGAACCGUCACUCACCCCCAUCACGGAACGGAGCGAAUGGAGUACACGAAACUCGAUUGCCUCUCUCAGUGCGUUUGGUUUGAGCCACCCCCAGGCUAACAGCCCUGGUCCCGGGCUGGCACAGUUGGUCGAUAUGGGUCAUAAUAUUGACGAUGAGAUGUCUCUGAGUACGCUGUUGAAGUUUCGCCGUGAGGCUUGGAGUGGGAGUGAUGGGAGUCUGAGCAGUGGUGCCAACAGCCCGCCUCCUCCUGGUCCUGCUUCGGCGCCAUACAUGUGCUCGAACAGGUCCCCUAGCUCUGUUGCGCCUCAUUCCUAUUCACGUUCUGUGUCUAUGUCCCUUUCUAUGGCUGAUGGCGAGGAUCCCAGUCCAGGUUUGCUGGAGUCAAGGAUGGGUGGGUAUCGAAGUAGCUGGGCAGGCCCUGGAGCUGAUUCUAACACCGUCUGCUUUAACAAGAACACGGACGACAAUGGAGAGACGAAGAGUAUAUGAAUUGAUUGAUCGAAGGGCCAUUGUCAUAUAUAAUUAUGUAUAUCCUGUUUAGUUCCUUCUUUUCCCUUCUUUCCCUUCUCAGUCUCUCUUUUGAUUUUUCCUUUCUUCUCCAGUGAUACACAGCGGCUGUCCUACUUCCCCCUGGCUGGACACACGCUCCGGGUAUUUAAUACUUUGCUACAUUCAUUUCUUCUUUUUCGUCUUCUCGUCUUCUUUUAUUUUGACGUUGAAUGACAGCUUUUCAGCGGUAGGUCCUUUGGAUGUCAACACUGUACAUAUAUAUAGACACGAUGCAAUGCAUUGUUUUAUUGUGAUUUUUUGGUGUUUCUCUG